AUGGGCCGCAUUGGCGUCCGCUUCAAUGCAACCUUUGCAGGCUUGGCACAUGUGCACUCCCUGAGAGUGGCGACAUGUCAUGCCCGGGCGCAAGAUGCUCCAGACAUCGGGAAUUUGGUCGGCAACGAUGCCGUGCGCUUUCAGCAGAAUCUCUUUACUCUGUCUUUGGUGCCCGGUGCUUCCGUGUCUCUCAUUGGAGGCAUCGCCAUCUUGGUUUACACACUGGGCGUGGCUGGUAUUGUUGGCCUUACCUGCAUGAUCGGCAUGUUGUUCCUAAACACAAGAAUUUCACAGCUGGCGAAGAAGGCGGAGAAGGAGAACUUGGCCAAGACCGAUGUACGUAUGCGCAUUAUGACUCAGAUUGUCCAAGGCAUCCGUGCUAUCAAGUUCUGUGCGUGGGAGGACAGUUUCAAGACGAUCCUUUCCAAGGAGAGAGCGCUGGAAUGCAUUCCGCUGAAGUGGUAUCGAGUCCUGACGCAAAGCACCGUGCAGAUCGGUCGCGCGAAUCCUAUUGUGGGCUGUUUGUUUGCCUUCCUACUGUUGGCCAUAUCCGCACGGAAUGACCCGGAGUCUUUCAGGCCUUCGGAUAUUUUUGCAGCAUUGAACGUGUUUCUGGCACUUCGGUCGGGCUUGAUUGCCAUACCUGAGGGGCUCAUCUACAUUGCGACGACACGCGUAGCAGUCCGGCGCCUUCAAGAUUUCUUGGUUACACCUGAGGCUCUACGCCACGUGACGCAGAAGGAUUCUGGUCCCUGCAUAAGAGUAAAGAGUGCAUCUUUCCGCUGGCCUGAAAAGCAUCCUGGUGUCGACUCCCCAGAGCAUGCGCCGGAGCGCUCGGCCUCCACACGGUCCGUAAAAAGUGCGAUGACGCCGGGCGCUGAACUGCUUGUCGAUGAUGUCGAGGUUCCUCGCGGCUGCUUCACCGCAGUUGUUGGCAGUGUUGGCAGUGGAAAGAGCUCGCUAGUUGCAGCUUUACUGGGCGAAAUGCCCCCGAGCAGUGAUGGCCUUGUCGAGCUCAGAGGUCGACGACUGGCCUUCAUACCUCAAAAGGCUUUUGUGCUAAGCGGCACCAUCAAGGAGAAUAUCGCCUUUGCGGAAGAGGACCCAAACGAAGUGGAUUUUCAGGCGGCUCUAGCUGCAGCAUCGCUUUCCGAGGAUCUCACCCGGAUGCCCAAGCAGGAAUUCACUGAGGUCGGGGAGCGCGGGGUGGUGCUUUCAGGAGGACAGCAGCAGCGGCUCUCGAUUGCCCGAGCACUUUAUCGCCGGGCCGAUCUUGUAAUCGCAGAUGAUCCAAUCUCGGCAUUGGACCCGAUUGUGGCAGACGAGGUCUUCCUGUCUCUGAAGAGAUGCGUCACUGCUAGUAGUGGGUGCCAUUCGUGCCUCGUCGUGCUGAAUCAGCCAUGGCUGCUGACACAUUUUGACCAUGUUCUCAUGGUCGCAGGAGGACAGGUUGUGCAAAGAGGCACGCCUCAGGAGCUGCUUCGAUCAGACGGGCCUUUGAAGUCUUUCUGUUUGGAGUCCGGCUGUGACAUUCCUUCGAUGCUGUCUAGAGUGGGUGAACCAGAGGAACCGCUGGCAAUGGAUAGGCAAAAACCUGGCAAGAUGGAGCAGGGCAAACCUGUGGAAGGUGUCACAGAGCUGGUCAAGGCAGAAGAAAAGCUGGCAGGUGGCGUGCCUUUGCGAGUUCUGGUCCGCUAUGUCAGUGGCAUGGGCUUCGCGUGGUUCGGGCUUUGCAACUUCUUGGUCCUCCUAGCCUACUGCACCUUGGGCUUUGUCGACUACUGGCUUGCGCUCUGGGUGGAGGCAAGAGAAGCUUACUGGACUGAGGGCAAGGUGUCGAAUGACGACUUGUACGUUGCGGUCUACGGGAUUGCAGCGGCAAUGUUUGUCGUUCUGAUGUGCCUGACAUCGUACUGCUUCGGUGAGGGCGGCGUGCGAAGCUCGCGUCAUUUGCACAGUGAGUGCUUGAACAACUUGCUCCAUGCCCCAGUCCACUUCUUUGAUGCCACUCCUUCGGGCAGGAUCAUGUCCAGAUUCUCGAACGAUAUCGCCAUUGUGGACAAAGAGAUACCAAAAUGGAUCGAUAAUGCAUGGCAGCUGUCGGCCACAACGUUGAUGCUUUUCGUCCAGGUUGUGGUCCUGGUCAAUCUGAUGUUGCCUGUCGUGGUUACUGCUGCCUGCCUUUUCGUACUGCAAAUUAUCGUUAUCUACCGCACCAACCGCGAACUGCGCCGGUAUGCUAAUGCAGCCAUGGGACCCGUCCUUACCACUGUAAACGAGUGCGUGAACGGACGGCAAGUUAUCCGCACCAUGGAUGCCAGAGACUUCUUUGAGAAGCGGCUUUGCGCGAACUUGGACGACUACCAUCGCUUCAGCUUCUCAGCUCUGGGGUCUGUGAAUGCGGGUGGCGUGUUUGCCUUCCUCAUUUGUUUUCUGACGGCCAGCUCUACGUCGGCCGUGGUCAUUGUCAACAGGGACCAGUACCCGCCAAGCUUCUGCGCGCUUGCACUGACCUAUAGCUUCCUGAUGCCAUACUUCUUGAACUUCCUGUCCAUGACAGUCCAGCUGCUGCUCACAGCUCUCACAGGCCUGGAGCGGCUCCUCCAGUACGGCGACCAGGGUAUGCUCCCAGCCGAGCCGCCCUGGCAGCUGAGCAGCGACCGGAGCCCCGAAGUGUGGCCGGCGGCGGGCCGUGUGACCUUCGAAGCGGUGUCCUUGGUCUACAGACCUGGUCUCCCCAAAGCCGUGGAUGGUAUUUCCUUCGAGCUUCGGCCAGGAGAAAAGGUGGGGGUUGUGGGUCGCUCAGGUGCUGGCAAGAGCACGCUCAUGGUCCUCCUCCUGCGACUCAACGAAGUAACAGAGGGUCGCAUCUUGAUCGAUGGGGUGGACAUCUCCAAAAUCGGGCUCGGCAAGCUUCGCAAAGCCAUCGCAGUCGUUCCACAAGAACCCCUCCUCAUCGAAGGGACUGUGCAGGAGAAUUUGGACCCCUUCGCUGAGCAUUCGAGCCAGAAGCUCGCUGAAGUCCUGGAAAAAGUGGAGUUGGAGCCCAGCUUGCUGGCUCAAGCAAGCUCUGCAUCAACACUCAGCCAAGGGGAACGCCAGCUCCUCACACUGGCUCGAACUUUACUAUGGCCUUCAAGAGUACGUGUCUUUGAUGAGCCGACUUCCAACAUCGAUGCUGCCACCGACCGGCUCAUUCAGCGGUUUUUGCGAUCCCCGACCAUGUUCGGCCAGUCGACUCAGAUUACCGUCGCACACCGUUUGCAGACGGUUGUGAGCUGUGAUCGUAUUCUUGUCAUGUCCAGCGGGAAAGUUGUGGAAAGUGGCCCGCCUCGAGAGCUCUUGGACAGACCCAGUUCUCAUUUGUCUGCUUUAGCAGCGCAUGCCGGGGUGGAGUUGAAGACGACUCCCGACGAUACUGAGCGCACGAAGCUCACCCUGUAG